GAGAGAGGGAGGGAUCUUCAGAGGGGGGAAUCAAGCAGAGCAAUGGUUUGGGAUUAGGCCCGCGUUGUAGGCUGGAGUGGAUUACCCUGCGCUGCGCGGGGAGCGACGCAAAUGUGCCGCUCUGCAUCGCCUGAUGAGCUUCUGGGCUUCUCCGUCCACCCCAACUGACCGCGACACCUGAGGCGCUCCCUGACUCUUCCCCUCCUCAAUCACUGCCUCUAGCUGCAUGGCAACAUGGCCGACGUUCCCCAAAUCGUCAAAAUCGGGAUUUCCCUGAAGAUGCUUCCUAACAACAGCGCCGUGUACUUCAAGUCGGACGGCGCUCGGUUCGGACAGACGCGGACCAUCAAGCUGCUGACCGGCUCCAAGUACAGGAUCGAGGUGGUGGUGAAACCGGGAGCAGUGCAGGCCACCUCCAUGAGUGUGGGUGGAGUGACCUUUCCCUUGGAGCAGCAAUCCAAAGACCCCCAGUCUGUGGUCUACACUGGUCAGUAUGACACUGAGGGGGUGGCACACACCAAGAGUGGAGAAAGGCAACCAGUUCAAAUCAAUAUCCAGUUCACAGAAGUGGGAUCGUUUGAAACCGUGUGGCAGGUGAAGUUCUACAACUACAACAAGCGGGACCACUGCCAGUGGGGCAACAGCUUCAACAGCAUCGAGUACGAAUGCAAACCCAACGACACGCGCACGCUCAUGUGGAUCAACAAGGAGAUGUUCGUCUGAUGGCCAGAGGCAGGCGGAAAGAUGUCGGUGUGUACGUCAGCGUGUUCUCCCUCCCUCGACUGUCAGUGUCAGAAAAUGUGAAGCUCUUCGCAGCCCAAGCGUACCCAUACCCUGUUCCUUUCUGUGAAGGUUACAUUAACUACUGCCGUGAAAAUAUAAAUGUGUGUGAUCAUUUGUCAGACCAGUUUUUUGUUUGAGGAAUUAGAAAUAAAUGGGAAAAAAUGUCAAAACAAAUUCCCCCUGUGCUCUGGAACUCUGCCCCUCAAGAGUAGGAAAAUAAUCCAAAUAUGUGUAUUGUACUGUAGUUGUGCAAGUUUACCUGGGCUAACAUUGAAAAUGAGUGUUUGUCUUACAGACGGUGCUAUAGAUACGGUUAUGGAUAUGUAUGCAUUUUUAAACUACAUGCUUUACUGUGGAAAAGUCUUGAGCCAUGUCUUAUUUCUUAUAUAUAUAUAGUUUACGUUGCCUAGCGCUGAGCGGUGGUAGACAAAAAGGUCACCAAAACCAGUGAUUCAAUGUUGUGCAACAGAAAAACCCAGCAAAGAACCACAUAUUUAAACACUUUGUUCCUAGCAGCCUGUCACAAUGACACAAUUAUCCCCAAUUCCCAUCUCUUUGGCUGAAUCUAAGAGAGAUACCCAUGAUAACACAGUUUGACAUACAAAAUUGUGCUAUUUAAGCACCAACUGGAGGAUUCCCAAAGAUCCAUUAGCACACUGCUAGCAUUAGCACUAGCAUUUUGGAAAAAACCUUGAGAAGGAAAAAUAAUAGAAGAUUAUUUUUAUCAAGACUUCCUGAAAGGUUGCCCAAAAGUCUGUCUGAUUUGACUCAAAGAAAUAAAAAUCGGGGUCAGUUUUUUAUUUUAAAAUCCAGUGCUUGCUAGAACCGUCUUUGAUCUCUUCCUUGGACAUAAUUUUCUGCUCUAAAGUCAGGUAAAACUUGCAACAAUUGGCUUAAGGUACCUAUUACAGUUUGCCACCUCCCUUAUGCCUGGUGCAUUUUAAUUUAUUAUUAUUUUUUAAAUAUUAUUAUUUAAUGGGCGCCCAAGUGAUGAUUCCCCAGUGCUAUAUUCAGAUGGAAGGCCAACAGUAUGGCAGUAAUGGUUUGUGUAUUUUAAAAGCUCCUUGACCCCUGGCAACCUGCUGCCAGAAAUCGAGAUUUGUCCUGAUAUACUGAAAGGAUCAGAUUUUGUGCAGCUGAGAUGCCUCUUCUAAUGGUUCAUCAACAUCUGUGCCUGUGAGAAAUCUAGUGGUUUGUACUCAUUCUCAUGAAAGGGGGCUGGAGAGUGUAUUCUGAGUUUAGAGCAAUCCCACUUUUCAGGCUCCCUGGGAAAGUUUACUUUAGGGUUUUGGAAAGGAAACUCCAAAUUUACUAUUAAUCCUCUGAUUCAGGGGGAGGAGUGGAGCCUUAUGUCCUGGUAAUGGAUAAGCACUCGGUGUUUAGAGGCUGUGGGGCUGACAGGUGUUUUGUUUUCUUGUUGAUAUGUGUUUUGUGGAUCUUGAGAAGACUUCCAACAGGGGGAGGUGGUGCUGGAGGCUGUGCCCGCAAUUCCAUCACACAUUUGAGCUCGUUCCCAGUGCUGGUUGGAUGCUGCCAGAGCUCCGUUGUCCAGGAUCUGGUUUGUGGUGUUCAUGGAAAGAAUCCCAAUGUAUAUUCGGGGAAAGUGCGUGGUUUGCAAAAUUUCACGGUUUCAUCUUAAUAAUGUGGUUCUUUUGUUGUCUUCAAGCCACGCCUUUCCGCAUUCACUGGAGCAGAUCGGAGCUUAGUGUGGAGUGGCCAGGAUGACCAUCAGCUCCUUUAGAUUGAUGCCAUGGUUCUCGCUCAGAUAAUAAUGAGCUGAUUGCUAUAUAUCAUUGUUCCUUAGCCCUGGUCCUCAGGGCCUGAUGUCCUUCAUGUUUUAGAUGUAUCUCUGCUUCAGCACGCCUGAUUCAAAUGAUGAAGCAGUAAAGAGCUGCAGUAGCCUAAUAAGCACACAUUUGUUUAAGUCUGGUGUGUAGCAGCAGGUAAACACUUAAGACACGCCGGACAGCGCAUUGUGAGGACCAUGGUUGAGGAACACUGCUCUGGGUCAGGCUUCUCUCUCUGCCUUAUGAAGGAGGCGUUCAAAUAUCUUGGAGUCUUGUUCACGAGUUGUGGUAGGAUGGAGCUGGAGAUGGAUGGACAGGUUGGGGUCUUAUUUGCAGUAAUUCGGGCGAUGUUCCACUGUUGUGGUUGAGUAAGAAUGCAGUAAAAAAAAAAAAAAAAAAAA